AUGAGCAAAAUAACAAUAACCUCGUCGGAGCCGAAAGAUCGCUGGAUGCCGGCCAAGGAACUGCCAUCCGCAGAAUGGGUGCGCAGAAACGAUCACAUCUGGGAAUAUGGAUUCUACGAGCCGCCGCCCGAGAAAAUAGCAAAAGGCAAAUUGACAUUUCGCGAGGCGCUUGAGGUACUGCGAGCUCGUUGCGACUGGGAAUUUGCGUUAAAACUGGAUGACAAACGCCGCGAUAUUUUACUGCCGCAGAUUGCAGAAAGCCUGGAAAAGCAUCCGGCGACGCAGCGUGUUGAGAAGGAAGUGCUGGAGAGAGUAUGGGCAUAUUUUAGGCCGUUCGAACGAAAAGAAACGCAAUAUGUAUGUUCUUCUUUCUUGCAAUAA